CGCAACGGGGGACGCGGGCCGCGCGCAGCCGGGCCGGAGCGUAGGAGCCGACGGGCCGGCCGGGAUGGUGCAGCGGCGGCUCCGCGGCGCACGCACGCCCUGAGGGGGCCCGGGUUAGGCCCCGCGCCCCCCGUGCCCCCCGCCGCCGCGGCCGGCAUGAUGUGCCUGGAAUGCGCCUCGGCGGCGGCGGGCGGCGCGGAGGAGGAGGAGGCGGACGCGGAGCGGCGGCGCCGGCGCCGGGGGGCGCCGCGAGGGGCUGGAGGUGGCGGCUGCUGCGGGGCGCGGGGCGUGGGCGCCGCUGGAGUUGCGGCAGCGGACGACGAGGUGCAGACGCUGUCGGGCAGCGUGAGGCGGGCCCCGUCCGGACCCCCCGGCGCCCCCGGCACCCCCGGCUGCGCAGCCGCUGCCAAGGGCCCCGGCGUUCAGCAGCCCAAACCAGCCAGCCUGGGCCGCGGACGGGGGGCAGCUGCGGCCAUCCUCAGCCUGGGCAACGUGCUCAACUACCUGGACAGGUACACCGUAGCAGGCGUCCUUCUGGACAUCCAGCAGCACUUUGGGGUCAAGGACCGUGGCGCCGGCUUGCUCCAGUCAGUGUUCAUCUGCAGCUUCAUGGUGGCUGCCCCCGUCUUCGGCUACCUGGGGGACCGCUUCAACAGGAAGGUGAUUCUCAGCUGUGGCAUCUUCUUCUGGUCCGCGGUCACCUUCUCCAGCUCCUUCAUCCCCCAGCAGCACUUCUGGCUGCUGGUCCUGUCCCGGGGGCUGGUGGGCCUGGGAGAAGCCAGCUACUCCACCAUCGCGCCCACCAUCAUAGGUGACCUCUUCACCAAGAACACGCGCACGCUCAUGCUGUCCGUCUUCUACUUCGCCAUCCCGCUGGGCAGCGGCCUGGGUUACAUCACGGGCUCCAGCGUCAAGCAGGCUGCCGGAGACUGGCACUGGGCCCUGCGGGUGUCCCCCAUCGUGGGCAUGAUCACAGGCACGCUCAUCCUCAUCCUGGUCCCAGCCACCAAGAGAGGCCACGCUGACCCGCUCGGGGGGCAGGUCAGGGUGCACAGCUCGUGGCUCCGUGACAUGAAGGCCCUGAUCCGCAACCGCAGCUACGUCUUCUCCUCCCUGGCCACGUCGGCCGUGUCCUUCGCCACAGGAGCCCUGGGCAUGUGGAUCCCGUUGUACCUGCACCGUGCUCAGGUCGUGCAGAAGACGGCGGAGACGUGCGGCAGCCCGCCGUGCGGGGCCAGGGACAGCCUCAUCUUCGGGGCCAUCACCUGCUUCACCGGCUUUCUGGGAGUGCUCACGGGGGCGGGAGCCACGCGCUGGUGCCGCCUGCGGACCCAGAGGGCCGACCCGCUGGUGUGUGCGGUGGGCAUGCUGGGCUCCGCCAUCUUCAUCUGCCUCAUCUUUGUGGCGGCCAAGAGCAGCAUCGUGGGCGCCUACAUCUGCAUCUUUGUUGGGGAGACACUGCUCUUUUCUAACUGGGCCAUCACCGCGGACAUCCUCAUGUAUGUGGUCAUCCCCACGAGACGGGCCACGGCUGUCGCCCUGCAGAGCUUCACCUCCCACCUGCUGGGGGACGCCGGGAGCCCCUACCUCAUCGGCUUUAUCUCGGACCAGAUCCGCCAGAGCACUAAGGACUCCCCACUCUGGGAGUUCCUGAGCCUGGGCUACGCGCUCAUGCUCUGCCCCUUCGUGGUGGUCCUGGGCGGCAUGUUCUUCCUCGCCACGGCCCUCUUCUUCCUCGGCGACCGCGCCAAGGCUGAGCAGCAGGCUCUCCCACCUUCCCCUGGGGCUGACGAGGUCCCUGCCCGGCACGUCCGGCCAGCCGGCCCCCGAGAUGCGAUGUGCCAGAGCAGUGCCCGGGCCCGGCCGCCGCUGAUCCACCACCUUGACCCCCGCCCGUCUCUCCCCCAGGGUGAACCAGCUGGUGAUGCCGCCUGCAUCUGUCAAAGUCUGAGGCCGUGCCUCUGGGACCAUGAAGACCCCUCACUGACACCCUACUUAGGAGGUGUCCCACGGCACCCUGGCCCUGCUGGGCCGCCUCGAAGUUUUGUGUGUGAUCCGAGGCUGGGCACCCACCCUCUCUGGUCUGGGGCUGUGGAGUGGCCGUGGCUCCGAGAGGCCAUGUCCUCAGCGAGCGUGGAAGGAUGUGUGUGGGGAAGCCACAGCGCCGCACAGACUCCCAGCCCCGGGUCCAGGCUGCAGACCCCCUGGGGCCCGGGACGAAGACAGCCUCCAAUGGGCUUAUGGGGAGAGCCUGGCCUGUCCCUGCCUUACAGGAUCCCGGGCAAGCCUCUGCCGUCCCCAGACCAUGGGGCCGGACGGCUGGAUUUCCCCACAUGGCAUCUCUGAAGGCCUAGCGGCUCCCGGACCACAGAGAGGAGGGUGGUCCAACCUCAUGCUCGGGGACAUGGGGACCACUCUGACCUCGGGAACGAUGGACUCCAGCGGGCAGCGGGCAGAGCCGGGUGCCCGUGGCUGGGCACUUCCCAGCCUGGCUUGUCCCUGCGAAGGACACUGGUCUCUGCUGCCUGCAGGACCAGCCUGCCAGGGAGCUGGCGUCUCUAGGGGUGAAGGCCCUGGCGGCUGCUGCACCUGACCUGUGACCCAGGCCUGGGUGUGGGAGCCACACGCUCCCCACCCCAGCGACAGGGCCCAGGGUGCUAGCUGCCAGAAACAGCAGCCACCCCAUGAGGAUUCCUGUCCCAGGAAAACGGCCAGGAGCGAGGCCCAUACCCCAGGCCGACUGCCAGUGCUCAGGGGCCCUGCCACCGCCUCCACACCUGCCUGCUGGCGGAACUCACCCUACCCUGCCCCACGUGCUCCUGCACACCGGCUGGAAUCGAGGUGCCGGCCCCAACGACGCGCUGCCCCGUAGUUAGCUGGCGUGGCUUGUGCGUGUGCAAGCUAGCAGCACCCCCUCCUCACCAAGCUCUGGGGCACCUACGGGGGUGGGACCCCCAAGACCAGCCCGACCCCGACGGGGGCCCCAGCGAUGUUUUCUUGUUGUACAAGAACCACGUCCAAGUGUUGCCUCCUCUUCCUUCCGGAAGCCAAACUGCUCCUUUAUUUUUCAGAGCUGCUGAUCGUGAAUCUCAGAGUCUUAAGAGAGAAGCCAAAUAUGUUCCUCUUGUAAAUGAAGGAAUAAACCUAUUUAAAUCAU